GGCUCCUUCCGUUGUGGACAGAAUUGUGCCACUUGUCCAUACAUUACUAACGGCCUCACAAGUUAUACCUAUACCUUUUACGCUACAGGUGAAACACGCUCCAUCACUUCCCCAAUUAUUCGUAACACUAAAAAUGUGAUCUACAUGGUUCAAUGUAACCGUUGUAAUUUACCAUAUAUAGGUGAAACUAAGCGACGUCUCAAGGACAGAUUUAACGAACAGCAGACGUGCGGUCGACAAAACUAACAUUAAAUCUAAACCCACUACUGUUUCUGAACACUUUCUCUCUCACUCUAACCAUUCUCACAGGGGCACCCAACGAGGAUAUAGUCCAAAACCACCUAACAUAGCAUUGUUGAACGUAUUUUAGUAUUCAAACGGUAGAUAUAGGCAUAUUUUUAUCCCCUAAAAACUUUUCAUCUGUUCGGAUUUCCUAGCUGAAAGUAGUCUAGUGAUCCGAAAAUUAUAGGGAUAAAAACUUACGUUCUCGAAAAUUUUAGCCAGGAAAAGGCUCUCGAAAAUUCUAGGUGGCCUUUUUUAGGGUCAAAAUCCUUUAAAAAUGGGUAAUUAUACCAUUUUGUAGAUGUUCGAAAAUCUUAGGAGAGGCAGGCAAGCAAGAAAUUUUACAACAAAUGCUCCGAAAAUUCUAGAUCUCAAAUCGUCUUCCGAACAGAUAUUUUCCCGAAAAUUGCCGUUGGGUGCCCCUGAUUCUCAUACUGAAAUGCAGUUAAUCCCACUAGAGAAAAUUCAUUCUUCACGUGACUCAGUUCGUAAGGCCAGGGAGUCGCAUUUGAUAUAA